CGUAGCGCAGCAAAACAAUGUAAACAUAAACCAUAUUUGGCAAUAGCAGACAGAGAGUAUAUACGAAUAAGCUUUAGGAAUUUCCAAGCUCAGACACGACGGGUGUUAAUCCACUGAAGAAGCACCUUUCACGCUAAUUUUCCUUCACCUUCUCAUAUGACCGUCUUUUAAUUAGAAUAAAAAGCGCUCUUGAAAAAAGCUACAGAAAUGCAGAUUCAUAAAAAUUUCAAACACGAAAAUGAAAUAUGUGCCAAAUUUACCGUUCGGCAUGUAUAUGCUAACCGGCCGGCGGGUACGUACACCACUGUCAGGCGUUGUGUACCUACACACGCAUUCUACAGUUGCGAAAGCUCGGGAUACUAAACAAAACAAACAUAAGCCGCAAAGUACAAUUUGACAGGUACUUUGAUAGAAUGGAGAAAGCAAAAAUUCAAAAAACCGUUGCCAUGAUAACCAUUGGCUCCAAAACAAACACUGGCAGAAAAACAUUCUUUUCAAAUCUAGACAUAGACAAGAUUUCUUUCCGAAACUUUUGAUGGAAGAUUUCAACAAUAAUUCAUCAUCUCGCUCGUCGGCGGAACGGCCAGCGUCGCGACGUGGCGGCACUAACGGUGUUUUCAAUUUAUUCAACGAUUCGGCAUCUCCCAGUCCAAUUGGAAUUAUGAGACCCGGAACGGCAAUGAAGGCUCCUUCUGCGAUACGCGGCGGUACGGCUAGCCGGUUGGUUGCAAACAAUCUUCAUUCGGCCAAUUCCUCAGCAUCGGUUCAGAGAAUCGGAACGUCGCUUGGAAAUGUCGGAAUUCGAAUGGCCGAACGUCCAAUAACUCAGCAUGGUAUUAGCGGUCUGUCCACUUCACAUGCUCGAAUUGGAACGGCUAGUGGCAACCGUCAGAUUAAGGACAAGCGCUAUUGGCAAGCUAUUUUACAAAGCAAAAUACAGGAAAUAUCACAGGAAACUGACAAGUUGUUGAAGGAGAAAAAGUUUUUGGAUCGAGAAAAAUCCGCGAGAAAGUUGUACGAGAAAAAAGUCAAGGAAUCCGCAAAGGAAUUGACUCAUCUUCAAUCGACGUUAACGUCAAUGAACAUUGCUCUCGAUAACAGCAGCUCAGGAUUGACUAGACAACAGCUUCAAAACGAAACUUUGGCACUUCGAGAGCGCAGUGAACAUAUUCAAGAACAGUUGGAGAUUAUUUUCAAGCAGAGACAAAUCAAGGACAUAGAAAACAAGGAGCUGGAGGCUGAAGCUGAGAAAGAAAAACAUAAAAUCAAUGAGAUGAUAUAUUCUCUUCCUGACUCUGAACAGCAGAAAUAUCGUGAAUUUCAAGCUCUCUCGAGCAGUCUAAAGCAACAGAAUACGAUAUUUCACAACCAGAUUAGUGAUUUAGAGAAACAGAAGGAACGACUCAGUACUGUAAUCAUGAAUUCUCAAACUCGCACGGAAGCUCAUCGUUUAAAGUCCAAGAUAAAAGAACUGAUUUCCAAGCGGAAUCAAAUGCGUGAUGAUGAAAAUAACCGUUUAACACCGGCUCAAGAACGGGAAAAAUUGAUUAACGAAGUACGCUCCAACAAUCAGGCCCUGGCGAGUAUUGGCAAACAGCUCAAAAUUAUUGAAGAUCAAUUGAAUGAAAAGAGAGAAAUUUUACAGCAAAUCGAUCAAGAUUUGGAAGAAGGAAACUCCGAAAGACAUUUGAAAUAUAAGGAGUUGAAAAAACGCGACGAAGUAAUGACUGCCUUUAUGGACACAUUUCAGCAAAAUUUAACCAUCGAACAACAAAAUGUUGAAUCGUUGAAAAAUCAAAUAACUUACGCCAUUGAACAGAUUACUUUACAAGGCAUCAACAUGGAGUCAUUGGGCUCUGAUAGGCUGGAAAGUUCCGGAUUUACGAGCAAAAACGAUCUCAAUUCGCAUGCUGGUCUAAUCAAGGAAUAUAAAAAACUUGGUAUCCAGUUGAAGCAACUGCAAAUUUUGGAGAAAAGAACCGUUGGUCAGCUGAACGGAUUACGCGAAGAGGAAAGUGAUGCACUGAAUAACAUUCACAAGUACACAAAUUUGGAAGCUCCACGUUCGGAGGCGAUUGUAAAAAUGAACGAAUUAACCGAGGUGCUGCAAGAGCUUGAAGAUAAAAAACGUGUCACAGAAAAUGUGGUUGAUGAGGCGAGAAAACGAAAUCAAGAAAUAAAGAUUGAAUUGAAAAGUAACGAGACUUAUCGUCAGAUUUCUCAUCUAGAAGAUAAGCUGAUUGAUUUGAUCAAGGAAAAUAAAGGACUUCAGGAGAUUGUUGAUCAGCUACAUCAGGAGUACGACUAUUCUGGAGUACAACGGGAGGUGGAGUCAUUGUUAAAGGGACACAACACUUUAUUAUGCUCUGAGGCGAGCAAUAAUUAAUCCAAUCGGAUUGAUUAAUUCAUAGCAAAAACUGAUAUUAAUGCUCACCGUUUAUGCUAAAUACAUAAUUUUACAAUAUAACAAAAAUCAACUUUAUGUGCGUCAAUUGUGGCUUGAAGCAGGGCUGAAAAUUUUCGAAACUGCAAAUCAAAAUGACAAAAGUAGCAUUUUCACUGUCUCAAGUUGAAAGAAAUGAGAUAUCUGAUUUAAUAUCGAAAUUUCUUUAUCUCAGCCAAUUCGUCGUAAUAUUUUAAUGAAUUUGAUAAGCAUCUAAAACGCAUAAACAUCACUAAAGCAACACAGUGUGUGCGAAAUCACAGAAAUGCUGCUAUCCAGCAAUCACCGUCAACUAAUUGGAGCUGAAAGUCUCUUUCAUUUUUAGCUUGUUGAAAAUUGAAAUUCAAGAUUUCAAUUACAACUGAAAAUCCUUUCAUGACUGUGAAUGUUUGCAACGCUGGUUUGAAGUGUUAAAUAAAUAAUA